AGCUGUUUUGGGGCUUCCCCGCCGGCGAGGCAGCAGGCCAUGACAAACCCGUCAGGCUUAGCGCCACAAGCCAUCUGCGUGAACACCGUGGCCCCGUUGUUUCCUCGGGGGAAGGAACACCAGUUCACCGCAGGUGAGUGGAAUGACCUCCGCGGAGGAAGCCGAGUUGUGCGGGACAUCCAGGUGUAUCCUCGGCACAUCCGUGAGACUGAGACCCAUCAGCAUCUACACAGGACUGCAGCGGUGAAGCAUCAUCUGCGACAGAUGGCAGACCGCUCCGAGAUGCUCUCCACCUACGAGCACGACUUCGGCUUCCUCACCCGUGCGAAGCCCCGAGACUUUGCAGAGCCCAAACGGACGAGGAAGAAUAUCUCCGCGCCGCCCUCGCGUGCGGGCAGUGUGCGGAGUAGCCGAAGCGGUGUGAAAGGAUGGACAGGGGAAUAUGGGGUGGACUCUGAGACACAUCCGCCCUUUGCGACCACCAGCAGCAAGCUCAAGGGCUUCGCGGGCACCGGGGAGCCCCUACGCCUCACGGUGGCCGGCUGGGGCGAUUGCCGGUGGAGCGCCAGCACGCAUCCGCACAUGGUCAUGGGCAUGUCCCAGAAGGGCAUCACGCUGCAACAGACCACCAACAUCAUGAAUCUCAGGGCCCCGGACUUGCCGUUCGUGGCCCGAUGAGGCGGUGGAGAAAGGGAAAGCGGCGUAGCGGCGUGGCGGCGUGGCGCAGCAGCACACAGACCCAGACAAGGCUUGGACAAGCCCCGAACAAGGAGGGAAAGACAGCAGACAAGGCCCGGACAAGGCGGAACCAGGAAGACAAUAGAAGGACACAGGUUCGCAAGGGCAAGGACAGACUCUCUCGUCUUUCCUCUCUCCUCUCUCUUCUCUCCUCUCUCUUCUCUCUUCUCUCUCGAGCUGAUUUUGCAGGGACGCCUAACAAUUUUGUUUCUCCUUCAUUCAUUGGCUUCCUGAUUGGGACUCAAA